CCGGCGGGCGGGCAGACAAGUGGGGUAGCUGUGCUGCGGGGCAGUCCGCGCGGCCCGGCCAGUCUGGUGGCCCCUGCGAGAAAGACCACGAGGCAUAGGCCUCGCCACAGGUAAAGCGGGAGCCGCCGGAGCGCGAGGGGCGUGCUCCCUGCUGGGGUUCGGGUCCGGCCCUAUCCUGGUGUAGGCCGCGCCCGGGGACCACUUGGCCUUUAGGUCUUCAAUUAAGGGCUACUUCAAGAAAAAUGGCCCUGCUAGCCCAACAGAUACCCAGAUGGCUCAACUCAAUUAAGUUGAGUAGCUCCGUUACUGCUACGCAACUCAGAAAAUGUUUUCCGAGAGCAGGAAAAACAUUGUUGCCUGGCUUUUUUGCUCAGCCUCAGCUGUCCUCUGACGAUUGCUUUCUCCGGUCGGGGUUUAAGACUUAUCGGACUUCCUCUGUGUGGAAUAGUUCCCAGUCUACCAACUCAAGUGGGCAAGAGAUUAAUUGCGCCCAAAGCACUCUGCUUCCUUCUGUGAAUGAGCCAUCACAGAAGUCACAAAAGAUACCCAGCUUUGAUUCUGAACUGUCUCUAGAAGGACUGGACGAUUUGCCUCCAUUGUCUCCAUUGCAGCCAAUUUCCGAGGAGGAGGCCAUUCAGAUUAUUGCGGACCCUCCACUGCCCCCAUCUUCAUUCACACUUCGAGACUAUGUGGAUCAUUCCGAGACUCUGAAGAAGUUAGUGCUUCUAGGAGUGGAUUUAUCCAAGAUAGAAAAACAUCCGGAUGCAGCCAACCUCCUUCUGCGACUGGAUUUUGAAAAAGACAUUAAGCAGAUACUCCUGUUUCUUAAAGAUUUGGGCAUAGAGGAUAACCAACUGGGAACAUUCCUGACGAAAAACUAUGCUAUUUUCUCUGAAGACCUUGAAAAUCUUAAGACCAGGGUGGCUUAUCUACUGUCAAAAAAUUUCAGUAAAGUGGAUAUUGCACAGAUGGUCAGAAAUGCACCAUUUUUGCUGAGUUUUUCAGUGGAAAGACUGGAUAACAGAUUGGGAUUUUUUCAGAAAGAACUUGAACUUAGUGUGAAGAAGACUAGAGAUCUGGUAAUUCAUCUCCCAAGGCUACUAACUGGAAGUCUGGAGCCUGUGAAGGAAAACAUGAAGGUUUAUCGGCUUGAACUAGGUUUUAAACGUAAUGAAAUUCAACAUAUGAUCACCAAAAUCCCAAAGAUGUUAACUGCAAAUAAAAGGAAAGUUACCGAGACUUUCGACUACGUGCACAACGUGAUGUGCGUUCCGCACCACAUCAUUGUCAAGUUCCCGCAGGUAUUUAAUUCAAGGUUGUUUAAAGUCAAAGAAAGACAUUUGUUUCUUGCCUAUUUAGGAAGAGCACAGUAUGAUCCAGCAAAACCUAACUACAUCUCUUUGGACAAAUUGGUAUCUGUGCCUGAUGAAAUAUUUUGUGAAGAGAUGGCCAAGGCCUCAGUACAGGACUUUGAAAAAUUCUUAAAAACUCUGUAGUUUUUGAUAGAUGUUAAAAUGUAAUAAUGUAAAGUGAAUGUACAUAUGAAUAAAUAUAUUUUAAAAUAAAUACCUCAAACCUCAAUUGA